AUGAUGACAGAUAAUAACCAAGAAUCUUUUCCCUUUUCUCUCUAUUAUGGAAUUGAGCAAGAUUCCACUUGGAAGAUGACUUCCGGCGUUGCUUCUGCUGGAUGGACUGAGUACUCGUUUUCUGACAGCACUUGGACGGAUGUUACUCUUGGUUCUGAGACUACAGUUGAAUCUGGUACUCAAUAUUUCCGUAAGCAGUUCGUGGGUCUUUCAGAUAUGGCUGCUUAUGAUGUGCGGCUGUACUAUAAGGCUGGAGUGAUUGCCUAUAUCAAUGGAAUUGAGGUCUACCGCGACAAUCUGCCUGAUGGAGCUGUUUCUUCGACCACUGCUGCGACUGGAGAAUAUACUGAGAUUGCCUAUCGUGGAUUCAUCCGUCCUGGAUCUGAAGUGGCUUCACAACAAUCGAUUCUGGCUGUGGAGCUCCAUUUCAAUUCUACACAAACUAUUGUUGAUUUCAAUGCCUAUCUUGCUAUUCUGGCUACCUCUACUACUGAAGGCAAUUGUUUUAUUUAUGCUGAAUCUACUUAUGUGACUUCGAACGGUGGCUCAAGUGUUGCCAAUAUCUUUGAUUUCGUUAAGUCAAGUUAUUAUCAGGCUAGCUCUUCAUCCCUUCCUGCUACUGUAACCUACUCCUUUGAAGGACCAAGACCCUACAUUAACUCCCUCCGUGUUUGGCCUUAUACGUCCAUUACAUCUGCUCCUAGCACAUUCUCUUGGCAAGGAUCGAACGAUAAUUCGCAAUGGACAACUGUGUUUACUGUAUCCGAUGCUACUUAUGAAACCAAGGUUUACCAAAUCUUUGGUGGUUAUUUCUAUGCUUCGCUUUACCCGCACUAUCGUCUCAAUAUUGUUAGUAGCAGUGGUACUAAUUAUGUUUAUGCAUAUGAAGUCCAACCCUUGAUUUGCUCUAUAUCCAUUCCAGCCUCUAUCACAUUCACUCCUGACUCAUACACCUUCUUGGCAAGAUUUGAAAUGGUGUAUGUCCAGCCUGAUAUUUCCGAGUUUACUUCAUGUUCAGCUCAGAACCUUCCUGAGGGUCUUUCAAUUGAUUCUGUUACUUGUGUGAUUUCUGGAGUUACAAAUAUGGCUGUUUCUGAUUUGACGAUCACUGUUACUUCUGUUAUGAAUAGCAAUACAUACACUGGAUCGUUUACUCUUAAUAUCCAGGAAUGUUCUGGUACAGUACUGAACAUUCUACGUACCUAUGGAUCCAAUGCUGCUAAGGAGAGUUUCGAAAUUAAGGAUACUUCAACCCAGCAAACAAUCAUAUCUGUUGCUGCCAACUCUGGUCAGGUUAGUAAUGAAGAUUGGACCCAUGUUGUUUGCGUUACUGGAUCAAAGUAUGCAGUUACUGUAGGAUCCGAAAACAGUUAUUGGAGCGCUGCUUCCUUUCUGUAUGUCCGUGCUGUUCUCUAUGGUGAUGAAAUGGAAACGAUUCUUCGUAUGAGAUAUGACAUAAAUGUCGGUUUCCCUUCAUCUCGUACGUUUAAUGCUCAGUAUUCCAUUCUUCCCCAUUCCAACUGGUAUUACAAGCAUGGAGAAGUUCCUACUGAUUGGUAUUCAUCAACUUCCACUACUGGAUGGACUGAGGGAAAUACCAGCAACUUCCCCGACUCUACCAACCAGAUCCAGCUGUACAAGAAGACAUUCACUGUUGCGGACAUCAACAACAUUGCUGGAUUCGUUCUUUCCAUCAAGUACAAGUAUGGAUGCAUUGUCUAUCUGAAUGGACAUGAAGCGUUCAGAAAGGGAUUAACGGAUGCUAUGAUCAGCACUUCGAGUUAUGCUGACAACAUUUACACGGAUACUCUCUUUCACCAGAUUUCUCUUCCCAUCAAGACGGUUCAAGUUGGAGAGACCACCGCUGUGAACUACAUCCAACAGGGAUCGAAUACCAUUGCUAUUGGACUCGUUGCUGCCAAUGCAAACCAGAAGGAAGCGAUCUUCGAUGGUGCCAUUCGAUUGAUGGGCGACACGACCAAAUCUCGUGUCUUUGACUACACUGUUACCUACAGUGGAUUGGAUAGAGAUGUAUCUGAAUGUUUUGAGCAAUACUAUGCAUAUGAAGUCGAGCCAUCAUCAUACACGACUAAUUAUUUGAAUAUUGCGUUCAACAACGAUCGUCAAGAAUGGAUCAACUCUGUGACUAUCAAGGCAUACUACAGACAGAUUAGAGCGCAGCCUCGUGAGUUUGUGCUAAAGGCUCGAAGUGGAAAUGAUGCAUGGACCACGUUGACAACCGUGACUGAGCUUACUUGGUCUCAAGUUGGUCAGGCUCAAAUCAUCUAUUUCCAGAAUAAUAAGGCAUACAACAGUAGUAGGGGAAUGACGGGAAACGCGCGGAACCCAAAGUCGCCCCUCCGACCUCAUCUACGAGAGUGCGCGGCUCAAAGUCGCCCCUCUGACCCCAUCUUUGUUUUCGCGUAUUCCCGUCAGAACACAAAAAAUCCCCCAAAGUCACCCCUCAGACCCCCUCAACUGGUACCUUGA